CAAUGGGACAAACUAUGACGACUCCUCUUUCCCUUACCCUAAGCCAUUGGACCGAAGUUCGGGCCAGAGCCCAUAAUUUUUCGGUAGAGGUAAAGAAAGGAAAGUGGCAGACUUUGUGUGCCUCUGAAUGGCCAACAUUUCAGAUAGGAUGGCCCCCCGAAGGAUCCUUUUUAUUAGACAAGAUUAAGCUGCUGAAGUCUAAGAUAUUUAAUAUAGAUCCCCACGGACAUCCAGACCAAGUACCAUAUGUCUUGGUCUGGGAAGAUUUAAUUCUCUCCCCACCUCCGUGGGUCCGGCCCUUUGUUUCCUCAACAGGUACGUCCGCGCACACAUCAGCAGCGUCGGAGAUAUUAGCCUUAAAGAAAAACCCCAACACGGAGAAGCUACCCGACGCCCCGGAUCCACCGAAGGCGAUUUAUCCUGACCCGCAGUCCGAUUUGCUUCUUUUGGAUUCCCCACCCCCUUAUCCUCCGGCCCCGAAUCCCCUACCACCUAGAGGACCCCCAGCUCCACUGCCCUCGGCACCAAGGGAACCAUCCAUGAUGGAAGAAGAAAGGGGUCCCUCAGCGGGCACUAGGAGCCGGAGGGCUAUCUCCCCGGACUCCACUGCCCUACCGCUUAGAGAAUAUGGCCCCCCCGACGACCAAGGGAAUAGACCUCUCCAAUAUUGGCCCUUUUCCUCUGCAGAUCUUUAUAAUUGGAAAAUGCAUAACCCAACUUUUUCCGAAAAUCCACAGGCCCUUACCGCUUUAAUAAAAUCUCUUGUUUUCUCGCACCAGCCCACAUGGGAUGAUUGUCAGCAGCUGCUCCAGACUCUCGUAACGACUGAGGAGAGGCAACGGGUUCUUUUAGAAGCCAGAAAAAAUGUAUUAGGCGCCAAUGGGCAACCUACCCAGCUGCCUAACGAGAUUGAUGCUGGUUUCCCACUCGUCAGGCCAAACUGGGAUUUCAAUGCCCCGGAAGGCUACUGGGACUCCAAUUGGUCCAGAAAGAAAUAUGGUCCCAACUCGCCAAGGCCUACCAACCGGGAACACCGGGAGAAACUCAUCCUUUCCAAGUCGGAGACUCCGUAUACGUCCGUCGGCAUCGAACCCAGACGUUGGAACCUCGAUGGAAAGGACCAUACACCGUCCUCCUCACCACCCCAACGGCCAUAAAAGUGGACGGCAUCGCUGCCUGGAUCCAUGCUUCACAUGUGAAGGCUGCACCAGCGAAGGCAUCAUCAGGAUGGCGGGCCCAAAGGACCGACAACCCGCUCAAACUCAAGC